AUGAAUCAUGUCAACACGUAUCUCAGUGAGGAGGUUCUUCAUGUGGGAAUAAAGUCCUAUGUGAUUGAGGUAACAGUGGAUCCUGGACAGGAUGUCAUUCUGCCAUGUCAGGCUGCAAAUUCCAACAUCAGAGAUGUAAAGUGGACCAGACCUAACCUGAAGCCAGAUACCGUCCUCUUAUACAGAGAUGGACACUUGAAUACAGACGACCAGCAUCCAUCCUUUAAGGACAGGGUGGAGCUGGUGGACAGAGAUCUGAAGGUCGGAGAUGUGUCUAUAAUUCUGAAGAAUGUGAGAAGCAUCGACACUGGAACAUAUGAGUGUGGAGUUAAAACCGAAGGAUCUGACCAAAUCAGACCCAUCAGAACCGUCCGUCUGCUGGUUCCAGACGUGAUUGUGGUAGCAGUGCCUGGAGAUGAUGUCACUCUGCCAUGUCUGGCUCCUGAUUCCUCCAUCAGAGUUGUAAAGUGGAGCAGACCUGACUUGGAGCCAGAUACCGUCCUCUUCUACAGAGAUGGACACUUGAAUACAACCGACCAGCAUUCAUCCUUUAAGGGCAGGGUGGAGCUGUUGGACAGAGAGCUGAAGGACGGAGACGCGUCUUUAAUUCUGAAGAAUGUGAACAAACACGACGCUGGAAUAUACAAGUGUCGAGUUAUGGCCAGUGAUACUGACCCAAUCAGAACCAUCCGUCUGCAGGUUACAGAUGUGAAUGUGGUAAGAGUGCCUGGACAGGAUGUCAUUCUGCCAUGUGAGGCUGCUGAUUCCUCCAUCAGAGUUGUAAAGUGGACCAGACCUGACCUGAAGCCAGAUAUCGUCCUCUUAUACAGUGAUGGACACUUGGAGACAUACAACCAGAAUCCAUCCUUUAAGGACAGGGUGGAGCUGGUGGACAGAGAGCUGAAGGACGGGAAUGUGUCUUUAAUUCUGAAGAAUGUGAGCAGACACGACACUGGAACAUACGAGUGUCGAGUUAAAACCGGUGAUUCAGGACAUACAAAGAGAGACACCGACCCAGACCCAAUCAGAACCGUCCAUCUGCAGGUUCCAGACCUGAUUGUGGUAGCAGUGCCUGGACAGGAUGUCAAUCUGUCAUGUCAGGCUGCUGAUUCCUCACUCAGAGCUGUAAAGUGGAGCAGAGAUGACCUGGAGCCAGAUACCGUCCUCUUAUACAGAGAUGGACACUUGGAUACAGACCACCAGUAUCCAUCCUUUAAGGACAGGGUGGAGCUGGUGGACAGAGAUCUGAAGGACGGAGAAGUGUCUUUAACUCUGAAGAAUGUGAACAAACACGACGCUGGAACAUACAAGUGUGAAGUUAAAACCGAUGAUACUGACCAAAUCAGACCCAUCAGAACCAUCCGUCUGCAGGUUCCAGACCUGAAUGUGGUAAAAGUGCCUGGAGAUGAUGUCAUUCUGCCAUGUCAGGCUGCAAAGUCCAACAUCGGAGUUGUAAAGUGGAGCAGACCUGACCUGAAGCCAGAUACCGUCCUCUUCUACAGAGAUGGACACUUGAAUACAGACGACCAGCAUUCAUCCUUUAAGGGCAGGGUGGAGCUGGUGGACAGAGAUCUGAAGGACAGAGACACCUCUUUAAUUCUGAAGCAUGUGAACAAACACGACGCUGGAAUAUACAAUUGUCGAGUUAUAACCGAUGAUACUGACCCAAUCAGAACCAUCCGUCUGCAGGUUCCAGACCUGAUUGUGGUAGCAGUGCCUGGAGAUGAAGUCAUUCUGCCAUGUCAGACUGCUGAUCCCUCCAUCAGAGCUGUAGAGUGGACCAGACCUGACCUGGAGCCAGAUACCGUCCUCUACAGAAAUGGACACUUGUAUACAUACGACCAGAAUCCAUCCUUUAAAGACAGGGUGGAGCUGGUGGACAGAGAUCUGAAGGACGGAGACGUGUCUUUAAUUCUGAAGAAUGUGAACAGAAUCGACACUGGAAUAUACGAGUGUGGAGUUAAAACUGGUGAUACUGACCAAAUCAGACUCAUCAGAACCAUCUGUCUGCAGGUUCCAGACCUGAUUGUGGUAGCAGUGCCUGGACAGGAUGUCAUUCUGCCAUGUGAGGCUGCUGAUUCCUCCAUCAGAGUUGUAAAGUGGAGCAGAGAUGACCUGAAGCCAGAUACCGUCCUCUUAUACAGUGAUGGACACUUGGAGACAUACAACCAGCAUCCAUCCUUUAAGGACAGGGUGGAGCUGGUGGACAGAGAUCUGAAGGACGGAGAUGUGUCUUUAAUUCUGAAGAAUGUGAGCAGACACCACGCUGGAACAUACAAGUGUGGCGUUAAAACCGGUCAUUCAACACAAGACACCAACUCUGACACAAUCAGAAUCAUCAGAAUCAUCCGUCUGCAGGUUCCAGGUCCUGAGGAUAGAAACUCCUCUCCUGGAGGCCUCAUCGUUGGACUGGCAGUAGUUCUGGUUCUUGUAGCUGCUGCAGUGGUUGGUGUCCUGAUGUAUAGAAGACGUAAGAACAAGAGAUCAGGACAACCUGCUGCUGAUGAAGCAUCAGCUGAUAACUUCCUCUGACGUCCUCUGGGGUCCCAUGACGAGAUGGUCCCAGAGAGACAGAUUUGCUGUGAAUGAACUUUUAUCUUUAGAGAAAUAGAAUAUUUACUCAAGUAAAAGUACUGUUGCUAGGGGCGACCUCUAGCUCCC